AACAUGAAGCCGAUUGCCACAACACCAUUUAUAAUUGUAGCCAAUCCUGAGACGGAAGGGCUCUCUUCAGAACAGCGGACUGUAGUUCACUCUUACGCUGCCCGAACAGCCCAUGCCAGGGUGAGGAUUGCUAGAGUCAAAGCAUACCAAUUACUCAAAGCUACUGAGUUCCAGCAAGAACAACCACGACACCCCCGAGAAGACGAACGAAGCGUAAAGAAAACUCCAUCAAGACCGGAUGUGGGGCUAGAGUUAGACACCCCAGCUGUCCUGAUAUCGAACAGCGGUCCAGGUGGUCUAGGUUCAGGGAGGGGAGAUCCUUUUGUGAGCUUCGUAAGGCCCUUGACGAAUAUGGAUCAGUUUUUGCUGGAUCAAUGUGAAUUUCCUGGAUCGCCAUUUGUGGAUAGCAUGAUCGAAGAAUGGGUACGACUCAGUCUCAGUGACAUAGGGUUUCUAAGUGGUAUCUUGCUUAUUGCGUCUCGGUACCUUUCCAUUUUCCACCAGCCAUAUCACCCACACCAGAAUCAGAUGUAUACCGAACAAGCUACUCGGUACAAGCUAGUCUGUUUGCAGACUUUGAACGAGGCCAUCUCUUUCAACACGGGACAAGGGACAUUUAGCGACUCAGUUAUAGCCGAGACGAUGGUAUUGGCAUUAGAUGAAAUCUCGCUGGGCGACUUGGAGACGUCUAGGCGACACAUGCAGGGGGCUAUCAAGAUGGUAGAGCUCAAUGGUGGCCCGCAGACUUUGGGCUUGAAUGGGUUUCUCGAGAUGGUGUUAAACAAAUUUACUAGCCAAGUAGGUCUGUCGAAUCGGUUUUUGGCACCUGCGAAUGCAAAUAUCGCAUCCAAUAAUUGA